AUGGCGACUUUAAAGCCACCGGAAUCUCAAUUACUGAAAACCCUUACAUCAAUCCUCACGUCGGAGAAAUCCCAUUUCCUCGAAACCCUAAACCCCUACAUCCCUCAAAUCACUCAGCCUCUCCUCUGCUCUCUCCUCUCUUCUCCUUCACUCGCUAAGAGACCCGAAACACUCGUCUCUUUCUUCCAUUGGGCUCAGACUUCAAUCCCCGAAGCAUUCCCCUCCGAUUCGCCUCUUCCCCUUCUCUCCGUCGUCCGUUCUCUUCUCUCCCACCACAAAUUCGCCGACGCCAAAUCACUUCUCGUCUCCUACAUCCGAACCUCCGAUGCAUCACUCUCUCUCUGCAACUCUCUCCUCCACCCGAAUCUCCAUCUCUCUCCUCCACCUUCCAAAGCUCUCUUCGACAUUUCCCUCGGCGCGUAUCUUCAAGCCGGGAAGCCUCACGUCGCGUUACAGAUCUUCCAGAAGAUGAUUCGUUUAAAGCUCAAACCGAAUCAUCUCACUUGCAACACUCUUCUCAUCGGUUUAGUCAGGUACCCUUCUAGCUUCUCUCUCUCGAACGCUAGAGAAGUGUUUGAUGAUAUGGUCAAGCACGGUGUUUCGCUAAAUGCGAAGACUUUCAAUGUGUUGAUUCAUGGGUAUUGCUUAGAAGGAAAGCUCGACGACGCAGUAGCAAUGAUAGAGAGAAUGGUUAGUGAAUUCAAGGUGAAUCCUGAUAAUGUCACCUACAACACGAUUUUGAAAGCAAUGUCAAAGAAAGGGCGUUUGAAUGAUGUUAAAGAGUUGUUAUUGGAUAUGAAGAAGCAUGGAUUGGUGCCAAAUAGAGAUACUUACAAUAACUUAGUGUAUGGUUACUGUAAACUUGGCUCGUUGAAGGAAGCAUUUCAGAUUGUGGAGCUGAUGAAGCAGACUAACAAUUUGCCUGAUCUUUGUACUUACAACAUGUUGAUGAAUGGGCUGUGCAAUGGUGGAAGUGUAAAGGAAGCGCUUGAGUUAAUGGAUGAGAUGAAGGAACUGAAGUUACUGCCUGAUGUGGUUACUUACAAUACACUGAUUGAUGGGUGUUUCGAAUUGGGGCUUAGCUCCGAGGGUAUGAAGCUAAUGGACCAGAUGGAGAAUCAUGGAGUGAAGCCUAACCAAGUGACUCACAACAUAUCUCUGAAGUGGCUUUGUAAAGAAGAGAAGAUGGAAGAGGUGACUAGAAAGUUUAAGGAAUUGGUGGAAGUGCAUGGCUUUGCUCCUGAUAUCGUUACUUACCAUACUCUAAUCAACGGUUAUUUGAAAGUAGGAGACUUGAGUGGUGCUCUUGAGAUGAUGCGUGAGAUGGGGAAGAAAGGGAUCAAGAUGAAUACUGUCACUCUCAAUACCAUUGCUGAUGCUCUGUGUAAAGAGAGGAAAGUCGAUGAAGCUCGGAGUUUACUGGAUAGUGCGGUCAAGCGAGGGUAUAUUGUUGACGAGGUUAGUUACGGCACGUUGAUCACUGGAUACUUCAGGGAAGAAAAGGUUGAGAAAGCUAUGGAGAUGUGGGAGGAGAUGAAGAAGAUGAAGGUUAUACCUACUGUGAGCACUUUCAACUCUGUGAUCGGAGGUCUCUGUCACAAUGGGAAAACAGAGUUAGCGAUGGAGAGAUUCGAUGAGCUUGCUGAGAGUGGUUUGCUUCCUGAUGACACUACUUUCAAUUCGAUCAUCCUCGGAUACUGCAAAGAAGGAAGAGUCGAGAGAGCGUUCGAGUUCUACAACGAGUCCAUCAAACACUCUUUCAAGCCUGAUAACUAUACAUGCAACAUUCUUCUCAACGGUAUUUGUAAAGAAGGUAUGACAGAAAAGGCUCUGAAUUUCUUCAAUUCCCUUAUAGAGGAGAGAGAUGUCGAUACGGUUACAUACAACACGAUGAUCUCGGCGUUCUGCAAGGAGAGGAAGUUGAAAGAAGCGUUUGAUCUUCUUACGGAGAUGGAGGAGAGAGGACUAGAGCCUGAUCGGUUUACAUACAAUAGUAUUAUCACUACACUUAUGGAGGAUGGUAAGGUGAGUGAAGCUGAAGAAUUGAUGGAGAAAGUUUCUGGAAAGUUUGGAUCUUUGAAGGCAGAGACAGAGAAGAAUGCAACAAUAGGAACUGAAUCAAAAGAGGAAGCUAACAGUGAGGCUAUUGCAUACUCUGAUGUUAUAAAAGAACUUUGUAAUAGAGGAAGGUUAAAGGAACAAUCUAGAUCUUACACAGGUUGA